AUUAACACAAAUCAUCCACUUAUUUUUAAUUGUGAUUAAGAAUACGUAAACAUAAAAACUAAAUUUAAUACAAUUGCCAUCUUCAUAUUGCCUUAGUUCGUGAUGAACAUUGUGCACUCGAGUGAGCUAGCUUCUAGUUAUGCCUAGUUAUUGGGUAGGGCUACCCAAUGACAAAAGGAUCGGGCCUAAUACUAAAGGGUUUUAACCCUUUAAUUUUUUUUAGUGGACAGAGCUUUUAUAAGGUCUUAUUUUAUAUUAUAGAUCUUUUAUAGGAUUUCAAUUGAAUCCAAUAAUUUAAAAAUUAAAAUAAAAAGCCGAAUAUUCAUCAUAGUUAAAGGUCAGCCCCACCCACCACUUCUUAUCUGUCAUCAAUUCUGCAUCUCUCACCUCAUCUCUUUCUUCUCUUUCUUUUCUGGGUUUCUUUCAUCAUCUUCAAAUACUCUCUCCUAAAAAUUAAUACUAAAAUAAUCGAAAGUAAUAAUUAUGGUUUCAACAAGAAAUCAGAAGAAGCAAUCUAACCCUUCUCCAGAUCACCAAAAAUGGGAAAUUAUCUUCAAUGCCCUAAAACAAAUGCUUCGAAAACAAGCUUCUCAAAUGGAUUCUCUCAUCGAAGAACGCCGAAUUUUACAAGAACGCAUCCAACUUCAGUACCAGCGUUGGAGGUCUGAUGUUCGCUUGUUAGAAGAUAUUAUUGCUCAGAAGCAGAGACAAUUGUCGUUGUCUGAAUUGAAGAAUUUGGUUGAAAUUUCUAAGGCUGAUUCGUUUCUGGGUUCUAAGAAAAGGGAGGCAUUGGUUAAUAAGCUCUGAGAUUGAGGUUGAGAGGUGUAGCUGAAAAUGAGGGGAAAUCGAAGGUGUGAUUUGAUGAUGGAAAAGAGAGGGAGACUGCAUUAUUAAGGUCAAAGAAGAGAUCGAAAAUGGGGAUUUUUCUGGAAAUUGUGAGUUUGAGUUUGAGUGUGUGAGAGGGAGGAGAGAGAGAGAAGGAGAAAAGGUGGGGGAGGGGUUUUGGAGAAUAACCUAGGCCCAUUAAUGACCCAUCUUAUUUUGCACAUAGCCCUGACCCGACCCUGACUCGUAUAACAUUUCCCUUGACCCGCAAAUAACCCGCCCAAUAACCAGGCCUACUGCUAGUAUAGUACAAUAGUACCCAAAUAAAGCUACCGAUUGGCGUGUAAUAUGAUGGGUAUAUUCACAUUUGUAUCCCAUCUUUUCUCUCAUAUUUCUAUAUUGUUAUUACUCUUAACAAAUAAUUUACGUAUUUAUAAAGGCCAUGUUACCAAA